CAGUCUCUCAGAGAAAGCUCAAAGCAGACCCUCUCACCCAGCCGCUGUUUUAUAUUUCAACGAGAUAGGCAAACGAAGAACGAGUGAGGGGAGGGAGAUGGCAGUAGCCGGACCAGGGCAGCUUAACGUGGAGGAGUACCCCUCUUGGGGUUCCCGAAGCGUCGACUGUUUCGAGAAAUUGGAGCAGAUCGGCGAAGGCACUUAUGGUCAAGUUUAUAUGGCCAGAGAAAUUAGAACUGGGGAAAUUGUUGCCUUGAAAAGGAUACGCAUGGACAAUGAAAAAGAAGGGUUUCCUAUAACAGCCAUUCGGGAAAUCAAGAUCCUGAAGAAGCUUCAUCAUGAAAAUGUUAUUAAGUUAAAAGAGAUCGUGACGUCUCCAGGUCCUGAGACUGACGAGCAAGGGAAUCAAGAUGGUAAUAAGUUUAAGGGAGGCAUCUACAUGGUUUUUGAGUACAUGGACCAUGACUUGACUGGCCUUGCCGACCGUCCUGGGCUGAGAUUUACGGUUCCCCAGAUCAAAUGUUAUAUGAAGCAGUUAUUGACUGGGCUCCAUUAUUGUCAUGUUAAUCAAGUGCUUCAUCGGGACAUUAAAGGUUCUAAUCUUUUGAUAGAUAAUGAGGGAAAUUUGAAGUUAGCGGACUUUGGGCUUGCACGAUCAUUUUCUACUGACCAUACUGGGAAUCUUACUAACCGUGUCAUCACUUUGUGGUAUAGGCCACCAGAGUUGCUGCUGGGAGCCACAAAGUAUGGCCCUGCUGUUGAUAUGUGGUCUGUUGGUUGUAUCUUUGCUGAGCUUUUAAAUGGAAAACCAAUCUUGCCUGGGAAAAAUGAGCCUGAGCAAUUGAACAAGAUAUUUGAGCUUUGUGGAUCACCUGAUGAGAUCAACUGGCCUGGUGUUUCCAAGAUGCCUUGGUAUAAUAAUUUCAAGCCAUCAAGGCCAAUGAAGAGACGUAUCAGAGAGGUUUUCAGACAUUUUGACCGUCAUGCUCUAGAUUUGCUGGACCUCAUGUUAACUCUAAAUCCGGAUAAGAGAAUAUCUGCCCAGGAUGCACUAGUUGCAGAGUAUUUCUGGAAUGAUCCCUUACCUUGUGAUCCCAAGAGCCUCCCCAAGUAUGAAUCAUCACAUGAGUUCCAGACAAAGAAAAAAAGGCAGCAGCAACGACAAAACGAAGAAACAGCAAAGAGACAGAAAUUGCAGCACCCUCAGCCACAUACCCGUCUGCCUCCCAUUCAGCAUACUGGGCAAGCUCAUCCUUCUCAUUGGCAUGGACCUAAUCAUCCCAUCAGCAAUGCACAGCCUCCAGUUUCUACUGGACCUAGUCAUCACCAAUAUGGUAGGCCGCGUGGUCCUCCUGGAGGUCCAAAUAGGUACCCUCCAAGUGCAAACCAGAGUGGAGGGUAUAACCAAAACCGCGGUGCCCAAGUUGGAAGCUACAGUGGUGGGCCAUAUCCACCACAAGGACGGGGUCCACCAUAUGGUGGGAGUGGUAUGCCCGCCCCAGGUCAAAGGGGGGCCACGAGUGGUUAUGGUGUUGCCCCUCCGAAUUACUCCCAAAGUAGUCAAUUUGGAGGUUCAGCUGGUGGUAGAGGUCCAAACCCAUUGGGUGGUAACCGAAAUCAACAGUAUGGUUGGCAGCAAUAGCUUUAGAGAACCAGUGCUCGGAAUUGUGAGAAUAUUUUAACUCGAUUUAUAUGAUCCAGGAGAGGAGAGAAAUCAGUGUGAAGUUGGCCUCGGCUAUAAUGCAAGGUAUAUUUAUACUUUGGUAAAGUGUUAACGAAAACCAUGAAUGAUGCCCUUGCCGAAAAUGUUUCGGUGAAUUUCGAGUAAAGACUUUUAUUCUGGAAACGAUUGAUAUUAGCUCAAA